AUGAAGGUAGUUUUGGGACUAGUACUGGUGUCAACAGCAAUAUCAGGAUUGACAGGGACAGCUGAAGGGGAUUCCGAACAAAAAAACAUAGUUGAGACGAAGAUAACAGAAAGCUUCAAGGACAUGUACGCACACCUGGGAUACGUGUCACACUACAUAGGGAAAAGAGCCUCGGAAAUAGCAGAAAAUCAUAAAAUCAACGAAAAGGUAUUAAAAAGAAUACAGGAGCUGAGUAGCAGGAAUUGCGCAAUACUGGGACUGAAGGAUAGAGAACAAAUACCGUACCUGAAGAGCACUCGGGAGCUGAACGAAAAAUACAAGGAAGGAAAGGAAGAAACGUACAGGGACCUGAAGAAGGUGGAGUCGGACAUAGGAAAGGCACUGAGAAACAUAUCAGAAAUGGUAAAAAUAUGGAAAAGACACUUCGAAGGGAGAACCGAGUCUUCAGACUGGAAAAGGGAACUGGCGAGAAACGAGUACGUGUACCCACUGCUGUUCAACGACUACCUGCUCAUAUUCUACGAAAUAGCAGGAAAGAUAGUGGAAGCGUACAAAGUGGAGCCGAGAGAAGCAGACGGAGAAGAAAUGUACGCCAAAGGAAUAUUCCUGGAGGGCCUCAAAGCGGAAAGCAGGAGGAAAGGCUUCGUGUCGGCGAAGGAAGACAUGGAGUUCGCGGACCUGACGAAAUCAACGUUCGUGCCUAACACAUUGCUGCUGGAACGAGUAUUCUACGACAUGGAAAGACAAAUACCGGAGUGCUCAGACCAAAUGGAAACAGUGAUGUCAGUAUUCCACAAAUACAAAAGAAAUAUGGAACUGAUGUAA